AAUGCAGAGCACACCACUUAAUAAAAACAAAUCCCAUUUCUUCCUUCUAGAGAGAGAAAAUACUAAGCUAGCGUUUUUUUAGAGAGAGAGAGAGGGGAAAUUAAAAACAGAAUCAUGACUGGGAUGGUUAUGGUGACGAGGGGCGGCGGCGGGUGCGGCGGCGGAAAGAGCUCGAAAUCAGGUGUGGCGGAGGAGCUUGAUAAGCAGGAGGACGCGCAGCAGCUUUCGUUGCUGGAUUUCAUCUUAUCAGCUCUAAGGAAAUCCAUGGUGUCGACGUGCCGAGUUGACAGGGAAGACCAGGAUGUGAUCUCAGCCGUUCAUCAAAUGGAAAUCGGGUGGCCCACAAAUGUCCAGCACAUAGCCCACGUCACCUUUGAUAGGUUCAACGGAUUUCUCGGCCUUCCCGUUGAGUUUCAGGUCGAGGUUCCUUCUAGAGCUCCAAGUGCUAGUGUGAGUGUAUUUGGUGUCUCGGCCGAAUCGAUGCAGUGCUCAUACGACACGAGGGGGAAUAGUGUCCCAACUAUUCUACUACUGAUGCAAGAAAGAUUGUACUCACAAGGCGGUCUAAAGUCGGAAGGAAUAUUCCGGAUAAAUCCGGAGAACAGCAAAGAGGAACACGUGAGGGACCAGCUGAACCGGGGAAUUGUUCCACAGGAUAUAGAUGUGCACUGUUUGGCUGGUCUGAUUAAAGCUUGGUUUAGAGAGCUGCCGUGCGGGAUACUUGACGGGCUUUCUCCGGAAGAGGUAUUGGAAUGCAAUACGGAGGAGGAAUCUUUCGAGCUCGUUAAGAAGCUUAAACCGACUGAGAGUGCUCUUCUCGGUUGGGCCAUUGAUUUAAUGGCCGACGUUGUCGAGCACGAAGAUUCCAACAAAAUGAAUCCCAGAAAUAUCGCGAUGGUUUUUGCACCAAAUAUGACUCAGAUGUCGGAUCCGUUAACGGCACUGAUGCAUGCAGUCCAAGUAAUGAACCUGCUGAAGACCCUCAUUACUAAAACACUACGAGAACGUGACGAAGCCGUCGAAGGAGAAGAAGGGGGGUACUCGCCCCUCUCCUCCCGCUCCUCCAACGGUCAAACUGAUGACGACGAGGACUACGAAAGUCAACACGACAUGGACACUAGCUGCUGCGAGUCAACGGGUCCCACCUCGGAAGACGACGAAGAACAGGAAGAAGAAGAGGAUGAUAAAGACGAGAUCGAGUCGUUGGGCGACAUCGAAGAGUGCUUCUUAAGGCAGCUGGACGAGAACGAGAGCGCGAAAAACGGGUUCCGGAAGCAGCUAGAGGGAAUCUUGAACGCGGGGCCCUCAACUGAUUCUUCUCCACUCAAUGCUGGUUCUUGUUUUACUGCAUCGGAUAGUAGGAUGGGGAGUUCUUUCAUCAGCACAAGCGACGGAGAAGACUCGUCGAGCCUUAAGAUAGAGACUGAAAUCGUACCUAUUAUUAUGGAGGCGCUCGUGGGGGAUGAAGAUGUUGAUAUGGUGUGAGCAGAUAUUACACAUUCUACUAAUGCUAAUGCAUCUGUUUGACCGUUACUGUAGUUUAAUUAGUUAGUGUUGUGUUGUUUUAGGGUAGUUUUUUUGUGGAGUUUUAAGGAUGUUGUUUCUCUCUCUAUCUCUCUACCCACAGCAAUAUUGCUUGCUCUUUUGUAAAUUAAUUUCUGUGGUUAAGGUUGUUAGGUUGUUCUGAUAAGACAGUGGUUUUUGCUUUUGAUUGAUUUUGUAAGUCUUAGGGGCUGAAUUUUCAGUUUCUCUCUUUGCUCCAUCAGCAAAGAUUUUUUUAUAUUUUUUUUAUUUUCAUGAAAAACUGAUUAUCUUGUUGUAUUUCACAAAAGAUGCUG